CGGCUAAAUUCUGAGCACUGAAGUUACUGCAGUGGGACUAGGGGAUCACCUUUAGCAAGUCCCCGACCUCACUGGGGUUUCUGAUUUAUUUCCACACUGGGGGGACGACGACCCAAACUCUGUUGGUCUCCCCAUGCCCCUUUCACCUGUUCAUCCCCUUUGUAUAAACUCAGUAAGGAUCUGCUGUCCUUCCCAAUGAAAGCGGCUUCUUUCCUCCAGGUUUAACGAGACUCCAGGCCAUCAAGAUGGAUUACAGCUCCUACAGUGGAGUCCCAAGGUUCUUGACCAGGCCUAAGGCCUUUGUGGUGUCCAUGGGGAAAGAUGCCACCCUGAGUUGCCAGAUUAUUGGAAAUCCCAUCCCGCUGGUUUGCUGGGAGAAGGACAAACUCCCCAUCCAGGCAGGGGAAAGAUUUAAAAUGGUGGAAGACGAUGAUCUCUAUCGCUUAACCAUUUACGACUUGAGCCUAGAGGACAGCGGCCAAUACAUCUGCAGGGCCAAGAACACCAUCGGGGAAGCUUUUGCGGCAGUUAGCAUCAAAGUUGGGGCACAGACCACUGUGACGGAAUCAGCACCUUAUUUCAUCCAGAAGCCCACUUCUAUUAGAGUGAUCAUGGGGGAAGACGCCAUGUUCAAAUGCAUUGUCCAGGGCAGCCCUCCCCUUUCGGUGAACUGGGAGAAAGACGGGAGGCAUCUAGGAGGGCGAUCAGAGUCUAACCGCAUCCAGAUUGAGUCCCAGGGCGAGAAAAAUAACCUCAAGAUCCAAAGUACUCGGUUGGUGGACAGUGGGACGUAUACUUGCCGUGCGGAGAAUCCUCUUGGGGCCACCAGCGCGGCAGCUGCCCUGGUGGUAGACACGACAGAUGCUUAUAGCCCAGGUGGCACCAGGCAUGCUAUAGAUGUAGACAGCAGCAAGACUUCCCCUUUGCUGUCACACUUGCAGAAAAGGCGAGAAGAAAUCAGGAAGACAGACCUCUCCACCACUGACUCUCUGAUCUCCACAGGGUACACCUCCGUAGAAGGACGGUCAAAGCUUGGCCUGAGCCUCUCCCUCGAUUAUGAAAGGGCUGCCAACUUGACAGCAAAGAGCUUUCGAGGCGAUGGCGGCUCUUAUGGUGGGGUGACGACGCGCACUUUCACUGUCACAGAAGGAAAGCACGCCAAGAUGAGCUGCUAUGUGACUGGAGAACCCAAGCCAGAGAUUGUUUGGAAGAAGGACGGCGAGGCUAUCCUUGAAGGGCGGAGGCACAUCGUCUAUGAGGAUGAGCAGGAGAAUUUUGUGCUGAAGAUCCUCUUCUGUAAGCAGAUUGAUAACGGCCUCUACACUUGUACAGCUUCCAACCUGGCAGGGCAGACAUACAGCUCUGUGCAGGUCACAGUCAAAGAACCAAGAAUACCUUUCAAGGCAAAACUAAGCGAUUUGGAAGUCCGGGAGAAGGAAUCUGCCACUUUCCAGUGUGAGGUUCCUGUUCCCAGCACAGAAACCACCUGGUUCAAAGAGGAGACGAAACUCCAACAGAGCAAGAAGUACAACAUUGAAGAACACGGCACGUUUCGGAAGCUUACGGUCCAGAACGUGACCAUGGAUGAUGACGCCGUCUACAUCUGUGAAAUGAAAGAGGGAAGCAGAACCAUUGCAGAACUGAGUGUCCACGGGAAUAUCAUCAAGAAACUGCCAAGGAAGACUGCCGUAAGCAUAAAUGACACCGCUACAUUCUGCGUAGAGCUGGAGAACAAGUGUCAGAAAUUCCAGUGGCUAAAGAAUAAGGAAGAACUGAAGCCCAACAGCAGAAUUGCCAUCACCUCAUCCGGCAAGGAGCAUAGCAUGAUAAUCCGAGACUGUAAAAAGGAGGAUGCAGGAGAGAUUGUGUUUGUAGCUGAUGAGUGCAGAACAUCCACCCAGUUUACUGUGUCUGCUCCAAAGAAGCCUCCAUCUCAUCCCCCGAUUGACCCAGUGGUGAAAAAUAAAACAGAAACCUCAGUGACGUUGGCCUGGUCCCCUCCUAAGAUGGAGCGCCCCAUACCUAUUGAUGGAUACUUAGUGGAAUGUAAGAAACUGACUGGAUACACUUGGGCGAGAUGCCACGAAGCCCUUGUCUCUGAAACCGAGUUCACCGUGAACAUGCUUUCUGAAGAGUCUGACUACCAGUUCCGAGUGUCUGCCAUCAACAACUACGGCCACAGCAGUUACCUUGAUUUCCCAGGAACCCUGCACCUUGAACCAGUUCUGGCUGUGAAAACCCAUCUGAGAAAUGCAGAGGUAGCACCAGGCAGAGAUGCAGUCUUUACCGUUGACCUCACUACCGCUUGUGCUGGCUUAUGGUACAUUAAUGGCAAAAUCGUGCAGAACAGUGAUAAGUACAUCAUUACAAGAACCAACACGACUCACAGCCUCACUGUCAAGCGGGUCACAAGCGUUUUCAAAGAGGCAGAGGUGAAGUUUGUUGCCAAUAAUCUUGAAAGCACUGCCAAGAUAAGUUUAAAAGAUGAAGUGGCGAAGUUUGUCAAUGAAUCGGCCCCUGGAAUUAGGGUCAAGCUAUCUGAGAGGUUUGAGCUGGUGUGUGAGGUCUCAUCAGAGAACGAGCCCGUCAUAUGGAAGAAGGGUAAAAAACCAAUCCGGGCAGACCAGAGAGUGACGUUCGCCUAUCAGGGAAUUAACCGAAAGCUCGUCGUCAGAAGUGCAAUAAAAGAAGAUGAAGGGAUUUACACCUGUGAAACGAAGGAUGACAAGUUAACAUUCCACGUGGAGGUCCAAGAGCCUGAGGAUGUGUUUCCCAACAAGGAGAAGCUACAGAAAGAGAUCCAGGUCAUCCUUUCAGAGAAUGCAUCUCUUCUUUGCGAAGUGGCCCAGGCCAAUACGGAAGUGAAGUGGCUCAAGGACAGGAAGCAGAUCUUCUCCGGCAAGAAAUUCAAAGUAGAAGCUGAAGGCAAGACCCGGCGGCUGAUUGUGCAGGAGGUGGAAAAAGAGGAUGCUGGCGAGUACACCUGUGAAGCUGCUGGCCAAAAACUCACCUUCAAAAUAAUUGUGACAACUGCAAAAGUUGCAGAAGUUGAGGACGUGUUUGUCAACAGGGAGAAGGUACAGAAAGAGAUCAAGGUGGCUAUUCCUGAGGACGCCUCCCUCAGCUGCGAGGUGGCCGAAGCCAAGACACCGGUGAAGUGGGUCAAGGACGGGAAGCAGAUCACCUCCAGCAAGAAGUUCAAGGUAGAAGCUGAAGGCAAGACCCGGCGGCUGAUUGUGGAGCAGGUGGAGAAGAAGGAUGAGGGCGAGUACACCUGUGAAUCCGCUGGCCAAAAAUUGACCUUCCAUGUCACUGCGACAACUGCAGAAGUUCCAGAAGUUGAGGACGUGUUUGUUAACAAGGAGAAGGUCCAGAAAGAGAUCAAGGCUGCUGUUUCAGAGAACGCCUCCCUCAGUUGCGAGGUGGCCGAAGCCAAGACAGAAGUGAAGUGGUUCAAGGGCGGGAAGCAGAUCACCUCCAGCAAGAAAUUCAAGGUAGAAGCUGAAGGCAAGACCCGGCAGCUGAUGGUGCAGCAAGUGGAGAAGAAGGAUGAGGGCGAGUACACCUGUGAGGCCGGAAACCAGAAACUGACCUUCCGCAUCACUGUGACAACUGCAAAAGUUCCAGAAGUGGAGGACAUGUUUAUCAACAAGGAGAAGGUCCAGAAAGACAUCAAGGCUGCUGUUUCAGAGAAUGCCUCCCUCGGCUGUGAGGUGGCUGAGGCCAAGAUAGACGUGAAAUGGUUGAAGGACAGAAAGCAGAUCACCUCCAGCAAGAAAUUCAAGAUAGAAGCUGAAGGCAAGACCCGGCGGCUGAUUGUGCAGCAGGUGGAAAAGAAGGAUGAGGGCGAGUACACCUGUGAGGCCGGAAACCAGAAACUGACCUUCCACGUCACUGUGACAACUGCAAAAGAUGAAAAAGUUGAGGAUGUGUUCAUCAACAAGGAGAAGAUAGAGAAAGAGAUCAAGGCUGUUGUUUCAGAGAACGCCUCCCUCAGCUGCGAGGUGGCUGAGGCCAAGAUAGAAGUGAAGUGGCUCAAGGAUGGGAAGCAGAUCACCUCCAGCAAGAAGUUCAAGGUAGAAGCUGAAGGCAAGACCCGGCGGCUGACGGUGCAGCAGGUGGAGAAGAAGGAUGAGGGCGAGUACACCUGUGAGGCUGGAAACCAGAAAACUGUCUUCAAAGUCAUUGCAGCAGAUACAAAAGUUGAGGAUGUGUUCGUCAACAAGGAGAAGAUAGAGAAAGAGAUCAAGGCUGUUGUUUCAGAGAACGUCUCCCUCAGCUGCGAGGUGGCCGAAGCCAAGACACAAGUGAAGUGGCUCAAGGAUGGGAAGCAGAUCACCUCCAGCAAGAAAUUCAAGGUAGAAGCUGAAGGCAAGACCCGGCAGCUGAUUGUGCAGCAGGUGGAGAAGAAGGAUGAGGGCGAGUACACCUGUGAGGCUGGAAACCAGAAACUAGUCUUCAAAGUUACUGCAACAGAUGCAAAAGUUGAGGAUGUGUUUGUCAACAAGGAAAAGGUAGAGAAAGAGAUCAAGGCUGCUGUUUCAGAGGACGCCUCCCUCAGCUGUGAGGUGGCUGAAGCCAAGACAGCAGUGAAGUGGCUCAAGGACGGGAAGCAGAUCACCGCCAGCAAGAAAUUCAAGGUAGAAGCUGAAGGCAAGACCCGGCGGCUGAUUGUGCAGCAGGUGGAGAAGAAGGAUGAGGGCGAGUACACCUGUGAAUCCGCUGGCCAAAAAGUCACCUUCACGGUCAUUGCAACAAGUGCAAAAGAUGCAAAGGUUGAGGAUGUGUUUGUCAACAAGGAGAAGAUAGAGAAAGAGAUCAAGGCUGCUGUUUCAGAGAACGCCUCCCUCAGCUGCGAGGUGGCCGAAGCCAAGACACAAGUGAAGUGGUUCAAAGGCGGGAAGCAGAUCACCUCCAGCAAGAAGUUCAAGGUAGAAGCUGAAGGCAAGACCCGGCAGCUGACGGUGCAGCAGGUGGAGAAGAAGGAUGAGGGCGAGUACACCUGUGAGGCUGGAAACCAGAAACUGGUCUUCAGAGUUUCUGCAGCAGAUGCAGAAGUUGAGGACAUGUUUGUUAACAAGGAGAAGGUCCAGACAGAGAUCAAGGCUGCUGUUUCAGAGCACGCCUCCCUCAGCUGCGAGGUGGCCGAAGCCAAGACAGAAGUGAAGUGGUUCAAGGGCGGGAAGCAGAUCACUUCCAGCAAGAAGUUCAAGGUAGAAGCUGAAGGCAAGACCCGGCGGCUGAUUGUGCAGCAGGUGGAGAAGAAGGAUGAGGGCGAGUACACCUGUGAGGCCGGAAACCAGAAACUGACCUUCCACGUCACUGCAGCGACAACUGCAAAAGUUGCAGAAGUUGAGGACGUGUUUGUCAACAAGGAGAAGGUCCAGACAGAGAUCAAGGCUGCUGUUUCAGUGAAUGCCUCUCUCAGCUGCGAGGUGGCCGAAGCCAAGACAGAAGUGAAGUGGCUCAAGGACGGGAAGCAGAUCACCUCCAGCAAAAAAUUCAAGGUAGAAGCUGAAGGCAAGACCCGGCAGCUGACGGUGCAGCAGGUGGAGAAGAAGGAUGAGGGCGAGUACACCUGUGAAUCUGCUGGCCAAAAACUGGCCUUCAAACUUAAUGUCACAGUUCCUAGAGCGGUGAAGUUUGCUAAAGGCCUCCACAACGUAAUAGCUGAAGAAGGCAAAGAGGCUGUUUUCAAAUGCGUUGUCUCCCCCAGCGAUGCUGCCGUCACAUGGAGCCGAAAUGGAACCAAAAUUGAAGGCAAUGAGAAAUAUGUCAUUUCCCAGGAGGACUCAAAUCGCAGCCUCACCAUCACCGACUUGACUCUGAAAGACUCUGCUGAAAUCACAGCAGAAGCCGAAGGGGUGGAGAGCAAAGCUACCCUCAAGGUGGAAGAGACUCCGGUGUUAUUCCUAAAGAAACUGGAGACCAAAACUGUUGAGGAGAAGGCGGUGGUGACUCUAGAAGUAGUGCUUUCGAAACCAACCAAAGAGGUGAAAUGGAUGAAGAAUGGCAGCCUGCUCCAUCCAAGUGACAACAUGGAAAUCAAGGCCCAAGGGACAAAGCACAGCCUGGUGAUUAAGAGUGCCACCUGUGGAGACCGUGGUUAUUACUCCUGCGAGACUCUCCAUGACAAGACCCAGGCGAAAGUAGCAGUGGAAAUGAGGCCCAUCAAGCUGGUGAAAGGCCUGCAGCCGGUCAAUGCCCAUGAACAGGAUUCUGCCACCUUUGAGGUGGAGUUGUCGCACGAGAAUGUGGAAGUUACCUGGAUGAAGGAUGGUGUGAGGCUGAAAGCAAAGGACAGCUGCUGCAUUACUGCCCAGGGGAAGAAGCAUUCGCUGACUCUUUCAUCCCUUGCACUCGAAGACUCAGGCCUUGUCUCCUUCAAGGCCGAAGGUGUCCACACAACAGGCAGACUCAAUGUGAAAGAACAGCCUGUGAAAAUAAUCAAACCGUUGCAAGACACCAGGGCUCAGAACAAAGAUGAAGUAACCUUUGAGUGUGAACUUUCCAGACCUAAUGCAGAUGUGAAGUGGCUCAAGAAUGGAACUGAGUUACGACCAAGUAAAAAAAUUGGAAUCAUUUCCCGAGGGACUAAGAGAAGCCUCACAAUUUACAAAUGUGAAUAUGAUGACCAGGGAAACUAUAUGUGUGAUGCUGUUGAUGACAAGAGUUCAGCUAUCCUGGAGAUCCAUGCCCGAGAUAUCAAGAUUGUGAAGCCGCUGGAGGAUGUGGAAGUGAGUGAAAAAGAGAGUGCUUCUUUCGUCUGUGAGAUUUCCCACGAUGAGGUUGAAACCCAGUGGUUCAGUAAUGAAAGCAAGCUCCGGGCUGGAGAGAACAUCAGGAUGCGUCAGGAUGGGAAAAACUACGCACUAGUCUACAGAAGUGUGGAGAUGCAGGAUGCAGCAGAGAUCAAGUUUGUGGCUGAAUCAGCAGAAUCCCAAGCACAACUCAAAGUGAAAGAGCUGCCAGUAAAGUUUGUGAAACCUCUCCGUGUCAAGAUCGCUCUUGAGAAGCACCGGGGCGUUCUGGAGUGCCAAGUAUCUCGCCCCAGUGCUGAGGUGAAGUGGUACAAAGAUAGCAAGGAGAUCCAACCUAGCCCAAAGUACGAGAUUGUGAGUGAUGGGGUCUACAGGAAACUCAUAAUCAACGAGACAGAGUUUGACGAUGAGGGCCUUUACACCUGCGAUGCCGUCGAUGACAAAAGCAGUGCUCAGUUCUAUGUGGAAGAGCAAUCCAUCAAUAUUGUGAAGGAGCUGAGGGAUGUGGAGGUCACUGAGCCAGCGGAAGCCAGGUUUGAGUGUGAAAUCUCCAUCCAGUCUGUGAAGCCUCCCAAAUGGUCUCUCCGUGGAGAGCACCUGCAGGCCAGCAAGGAUGUUGUGAUGGAGCAGGAGAGGAGAGCCCACCGGCUGAUACUGAAGAAGACCGACGUGGACAUGACAGGCACCGUUCAGUUUGCGAUCGGCAAAGCAAAGUCCGUGGCAAACCUGGUUGUGAAAGAUCUUCAAGUGACCAUUACCAGGCAGCUGGAAAACAAGAUUGUCCAGGAGACCCAUUCAGUUGUCCUCUCUUGCGAGUUCAAGCCUUCUCCAAAGGUUGUAGAAUGGUACAAAGACAACACUCUCAUCGAGCCUUCAGAGAGAUUUAAGCUCAAGCGGGAUAAGAACACGGCGGAGCUCAAAAUCCUGAGGCUGUCUGUUUGUGACUCUGGUGUUUACAAAUGCAAAGCUGGGAAUGCAGAGACCAAGGCCUCGCUGACCAUUUUGGAACGCAAAGUGGAGAUAACGAAACACCUGGAGGAUGUGGAAAUCGAGGAGGAGAGCUGCGCCUUCUUCUCCUGCGAGCUCUCUGAGGACACUGAAGAUGUGGAAUGGUUCCUCAAUGACACACACCUCUUCCCCAACAACUUCAAUGAGAUCAAGAGGCUGGGCACCUCUCACAGCCUGAUGCUCAAGCAUGUCAUGACGGAAGAUGCAGGGACGGUGACCAUCAAGGUUCAGAAGAAAACCUCUGAGAGCGCUCGGCUGAAGGUGAAAGAGAAGCUUGCCGUCUUCAUGAAGUCCCUGGACGAUGUCGUUGGAGAGGAGCGCGGCACAGUCACUCUGGAGUGUGAGGUUUCUAAGGCAAAGGUCAAGCCCAUCUGGAAGAAGGAGGGCGUGGAGCUCACCCCGGGAGACAAGCAUGAGAUGCUGCACACUGGGAAGACAUUAGGUCUCACCAUCCAUGACCUCAGCAAGUCUGAUGCUGGCUUGUAUACGUGCGAUCUCGGUACAGAGAUCGCCAAGUCUAAAGUCAGUGUUCAAGAGCUGAAUGUCGGCAUCACUAAGCGUCUCAAGAACACUGAAGUCCUGGAAGGGGAGAGCUGUACCUUUGAAUGCGUUCUCUCCCAUGAAAGCGUUGAAAAUUGCCAUUGGUUAGUCAAUGGAACUGAAGUGGGCCACGAUGGGAGGUUUAGAGCCUUCAACAAAGGGAGAAAGUACACGCUCAACAUUAAAAAAACUCUGGUCUCCGAUGCUGGAGAAGUGACUUUCUCUGUCCGUGACUUAACCUCCAAAGCCUCUCUAGUUGUGAAAGAAAAGCCAGCAGAAUUUACAAGGGAGCUGGAGGACAAGACGAUGUCAGUGGGGCAGGAGGUUAGCCUGAGCUGCGACUUGUCCAAAUGGGACAGCAACCUUAAGUGGCGCAAGGAUGGCAAAGAGAUUCGGAGAAGCCAAAAGUAUGACCUGCGCCAGGAGGGAACCCGGGCUAUACUGAUCAUCCACGAUGCCACUGCCAAGGAUAGCGGGGAAUACGCGUGCGCGACAGAAAUCUCCAAAACAAAAGCAACACUUACUGUGGAAGAAGCAGGAAACUGCUUCAUCAAAGACCUUUCGGACCUGAAGUUGGAGGAAAAUAAAAAAGCAGUUCUUACUUGUGAAACCAAGAAACUGGCUUCUACUGUAACAUGGAGGAAAGGGAUUGCGGAUCUCAAGGCAAGCAAGAAAUAUGAGAUGAGCCAGAAGGGGAAUGUCCUGCAACUCACGGUGAACGACUUAACGGGAAACGAUAGUGACAUAUACACCUGCGACAUUGGCGAUACCCAAUCAAGUGCAAAGCUGGUCAUACAAGCCCUGCCGGUUCUUUUUGAACGAGAAUUGCAAAACAGGGAAGCUGAGGAAGGAAGCAAAGUCCAACUUACCUGUGAGCUUAGCAAACCAGAUGUGCCCGUGCAGUGGAUGAAGGGGAAUGAAGUCCUACAAGCCGGGGACAAGUAUGAGCUGAAGCAGCGUGGGGUCGUGGCAGAGCUCGUUAUCCGGGAUGCAAAAAGCACUGAUGCUGCGGAAUAUACCUGCAGCGCUGGUGAGCUGAAGACCUCAGCUCGAGUGGAAGUGACAGCUGUGCCAGUCCUUUUUAAAGAAGAACUUAAAGAUAUGGAGAAGGAAGAAGGCAACAACAUAGCUUUGCGUUGUGUACUCAGCAAGCCGGAAGUACCCGUGGCGUGGAAGAAAGGAGCAAUGGUCCUUCGGGCUGGUGACAAAUAUAAGAUGAAGCAGGAAGGGUGUGUGGCUGAACUGGUCAUUCACAAUGCAGAGCCCGAGGAUGGUGGUAGAUACGUCUGUGAUGCCGGAGAUAAGCAGAGCACAGCUCAGGUCAAAAUCCACGCUGUACCUACCCAUUUCAAAGAAGUACUCAAGAACAUGGAAGCCACACAAGGUGGAAUAGUCACUCUGCACUGUGAGUUGAAUAAGUCCGCUCCAGUGGAGUGGAUGAAGGGGCAGAAAGGUUUGAGGCCCAGCAACAAAUACAGAAUGAAGAAAGAAGGAACAGUUGCUGAGUUGACAAUCCAUGAUCUAGACCUGAAGGAUGCUGGGGACUACACCUGUGUCUCUGGAGACCAAAAGACAACAGCUGUCUUAGCAGUGAAUGCCUUGGCAGUGCAGUUCAAAACAGGACUGAAGAAUGAGGAAGCAACAGAGAGUGGAACCACCACUCUGCACUGUGAGCUGACUAAGGCUGCCGACUCCGUUGAGUGGAUGAAGGAUCAAAAGGUGUUGAAACCAAGCGACAAAUACAGAAUGACGCUAGAAGGUCGCUUUGCUGAGCUAACCAUCCAAGAUUUGGAAUUGAUGGAUGCUGGAAGUUACACCUGCGUGUGUGGACAACAAAAGACCACCGCAUCUGUGAAAGUGAAUGCACUGCCUGUAUUUUUCCAAGAAGAACUAAAACGCAAGGAGGUUACGGAGGGUGAGACAGCUACACUGCACUGCAGGCUGAGCAAGGCUGCCCCCGUGGAAUGGCAGAAGGGGCAAAGGGCACUCAAACCAGGUGGCAAAUACCAAAUAAAGCAGGAGGGUCCUUGUGCUGAGCUGGUGAUCCGUGACUUGGAUGUGGCAGAUUCUGGGGACUACACUUGUACAUGUGGAGGGCAGAAGACUGCAGCUAGCUUGACAGUGAAUGUCCUGCCUACACUUUUCACCAAAACCCUGAAGGACGAAGAGGCUACAGAAGGCAAAGCGGCCACUCUGCAGUGUGAGCUAAACAAAGCCUCUGCCACUGUAGAGUGGAAGAAAGGACACAAGAUCCUUAAGCAAGGCAACAAGUAUAAAAUGAGGCGGGAAGGUGCCAUUGCUGAACUGGUCAUCCAAAACCUGGAGCUAACGGAUUCUGCGAGUUACAGCUGUGUGUGUGGAGAGCAGCAGACUGUGGCAUCUUUAGAAGUCAAGGCCCUCCCUGUGCUUUUCAAAGAAGGACUGAAGAACAGGGAAGCUGUAGAAGGUGCUACGGCUUCUCUGCAUUGUGAAAUGACCAAAGUGGGUGCAGAGGUGAAGUGGAGGAAGGGCUCUGAGUCCCUCAAGCCAAGUGAUAAGUACCGAAUGAGGCAGGAAGGUGAUGCGGCUGAACUCUUGAUUCGAAACCUGCAGGUGGAGGACACAGGAGAUUAUGCCUGUGUUUGUGGAGAGCAGAAGACAACGGCUGUCUUGACUGUUCAUGCUCUGCCUGCACGUUUUCAAGAAGAACUCAAAAGCCAAGAGGCUACGGAAUUUGGGACAGCCACUCUGCGUUGUGAACUAAGUAAGGCUGCCCCAGUGGAGUGGAGGAAAGGGGAGAGGCUGCUCAAACCAAGUGACAAAUAUAAAAUCAAACAGAAGGAUAAUGUUGCGGAACUGACCAUCCAUGACAUCACUGAGCAGGAUUCUGGAGAUUACUCGUGUGUAUGCGGAGAUCAAAAAACAUCUGCUUCUCUAACUGUGCAUGCCUUACCUCCACGUUUCAAAACUGAGCUGGAGAACUUGGAGGCUGCAGAAGGUGGAACAGCUACUCUGCAGUGUGAGUUGACCAAGGCUGCAGCUCCGGUGGAAUGGAGGAAGGGCAAUGAGGUGCUCAAGUCCAACGACAAAUAUGAGAUGAAGCUGGAAGGUGUUACUGCUGAGCUUGUCAUUCACAGUUUGGAACUGGGGGAUGCCGGAGAUUACAGCUGCACCUUUGGUGAUUGGAAGACCUCAGCUUCCUUAACAGUGAAUGCCCUCACUGCCCUCUUCAAGAAAGGCAUGGAGGAUCAAGAGGCCUUGGAGGACGGGACUGUCACUUUCCAGUGUGAGUUGAGCAAAGCCGCUCCGGUGGAGUGGAGGAGGAAGCAUAAGUCACUCAAACCGAGUGACAAAUACAAAAUGAGGCAAGAGGGUGCUGUCUCAGAGCUGGUGAUCAUCAACCUAGAACUGAAAGAUGCCGGGGAGUAUUCCUGUGUGUGCGGCAACCAGACAACAACUGCAGCCCUGAUGGUGCACGCCCUACCCGUACUUUUCAAAGAAGAACUGAAGUGUGUAGAAGCCGCAGAAGGAGAGACAGCCACCCUACAUUGCAAGCUCAGCAAGGCUGCUUCUGUGCAGUGGAAGAAGAGCAGCCAGCCACUGAGGCACAGCGAAAAAUACAUAAUGAGGCAAAGGGACACUGCAGUGGAGCUGGUGAUCCAUAACCUAGAAGAGGAAGAUUCUGGCGAGUACACCUGUGCAUGUGGCAACCAGCAAACCACAGCUGCCUUAGCAGUACAUGCUCUGCCAGCCCUCUUCAAAGAGCAAUUAAGGAAUGUGAAAGCUACAGAGGAUGGGACAGCCACUCUGUGCUGUGAGCUGACUAAGCCUGCUCCAGUGGAGUGGAUGAAGGGGCAGCAUUUCCUCAAGGAGAGUGAUAAGUACAAGAUGAAACAGGAAGGUUCUGUUGUUAAGCUGAUGAUUCAAGAUCUGGAACUGACAGAUACUGCCGAAUAUUCCUGUGUCUGUGGAGACCAGAAGACAGCAGCUUCCUUGACUGUGCAUGCUGUGCCUGCAAGGUUCAAAUGCAACCUGAAGAACAUACAAGCCACAGAAGGCGGUGUGGCCACACUGCACUGUGAGCUAACCAAGGUGGCACCAGUGGGAUGGAAGAAGGAGCGCAAAGUGCUUCAACCAAGUGAGAAGUGUGUCAUGAGACAAGAUGGUGUCAUUGCGGAGCUGGUGAUCCAUCAACUAGAUCUUCAGGAUAUGGGAAAUUAUACCUGUGUGUGUGGAGACCAAGAAACUACAGCAUCUUUGACAGUAAAUGUCUUACCUGCCCAUUUCAAAGAGGAACCACGGAACCAGGAAACUACCGAAGGGGAUGAUGCUGUUCUUCGAUGUGAGCUGACCAAGAUGGCCCCAGUUGAGUGGAGGAAGGGGCAGCUGGUUCUCAAGCAAUGCGAGAAGUACACACUGAAGCAGCAAGGCGCCAUUUCAGAGCUGGUGAUCCACAGUCCAGAUGAACAGGAUGCAGGGGAAUAUACCUGUGUUUGUGGAGACCAGCAGACCUCCGCAACCCUAAGAGUCCAUGCCCUUCCACCACAGUUCAAAACGGAACUAAAGGAUGUAGGGGCCACUGAAAAUGGAACAACUACGCUACGCUGUGAGCUCACCAAGGCCGCUCCAGUGGAGUGGAUGAAGGAAGGAAAGAAACUAGGUCAAAGCAACAAGUACCGAAUAAGAGAGGAAGAGACAGUCACAGAGUUGGUGAUCCAUGAUUUAGACAUUCAGGAUGCUGGACACUACACCUGUGUCUGUGGGGACCAGAAAACAACGUCUGUCUUAACAGUUAACGCCCUCAAGCCUGAAUUCAAGCAACGGCUGAAGAAUGAGAAGGCGGAAGAAGGUGGGACAGCCAGGUUCCGCUGUGAGGUAACGGUGGUGAAGGCCCCGGUGGAGUGGAAGAAAGAUGGUGUGGCGCUUCAUUCUGGUCCCAAAUAUGAAAUCAGGCAGGACGGUGCCAACCAUGAGCUGCUUAUUCACAACCUGGAGCCCAAAGACAGCGGAGAGUAUUCCUGCAUCACUGGGGAUCAAACCACAUCAGCAGCACUAACAGUGAAGGAACUAGACAUCACCAUCGUUAGGGAGCUGAAGAAUGCUGAGGUCUUUGAGGAAGAAGAUGUGACCUUUGAGUGCAAGGUCUCCCAUGACAAUGCGAGGGACGUGGAGUGGAAGCUGCAGGACGUUUCUCUGCAGAGCAACGAGAUGAACGAGAUCUCCGUCGAAAAAGGCAGGGUCCACACACUGAGACUGAGGAAGGUUACCCAGCAAGAUUCAGGCACCAUCACCUUCCGGGUUGGACCAUACACCUCCACGGCACAGCUGAAAGUGAAAGCCCCGCUUCCCACAUUUAAAGAGGAGCUGGCCAACAAAGAGGCAGAAGAGGACAGCACAGCCAUCCUGAAAUGUGAGGUCUCCCAGCCCAAUGUCCCGGCCACAUGGAAGAAGGGUACCCAAGUGAUUUCUCCAAGCUCCAAGUAUGAAAUGACACAGGAAGGAAUAAUACAUACCCUUAAGAUUUAUAAUUUGAAACCAGAGGACUCUGGCAAAUACACCUGUGACAUUGGAAACCAGAAGACCACAGCAACCAUCUCUGUUGAAGCCCUUCCACCACAGUUCAAAACGGAACUAAAGGAUGUAGGAGCCACUGAAAAUGGAACAACUACGCUACGCUGUGAGCUCACCAAGGCCGCUCCAGCAGAGUGGAUGAAGGAAGGAAAGAAACUAACGCAAAGUAACAAGUACCGAAUAAGACAGGAAGAGACAGUCACAGAGUUGGUGAUCCAUGAUUUAGACAUUCAGGAUGCUGGACGCUACACCUGUGUCUGUGGGGACCAGACAAGCACGGCUGUCUUAACAGUUAACGCCCUCAAGCCUGAAUUCAAGCAACGGCUGAGGAACGAGAAGGCAGAAGAAGGUGGGACAGCCAGGUUCCGCUGUGAGGUAACGGUGGUGAAGGCCCCGGUGGAGUGGAAGAAAGAUGGUGUGGCGCUUCAUUCUGGUCCCAAAUAUGAAAUCAGGCAGGACGGUGCCAACCAUGAGCUGCUUAUUCACAACCUGGAGCCCAAAGACAGCGGAGAGUAUUCCUGCAUCACUGGGGAUCAAACCACAUCAGCAGCACUAACAGUGAAGGAACUAGACAUCACCAUCGUUAGGGAGCUGAAGAAUGCUGAGGUCUUUGAGGAAGAAGAUGUGACCUUUGAGUGCAAGGUCUCCCACGACAAUGCGAGGGACGUGGAGUGGAAGCUGCAGGAUGUUUCUCUGCAGAGCAACGAGAUGAACGAGAUCUCCGUCGAAAAAGGCAGGGUCCACACACUGAGACUGAGGAAGGUUACCCAGCAAGAUUCAGGCACGAUCACCUUCCGGGUUGGACCAUACACCUCCACGGCACAGCUGAAAGUGAAAGCCCCGCUUCCCACAUUUAAAGAGGAGCUGGCCAACAAAGAGGCAGAAGAGGACAGCACAGCCAUCCUGAAAUGUGAGGUCUCCCAGCCCAAUGUCCCGGCCACAUGGAAGAAGGGUACCCAAGUGAUUUCUCCAAGCUCCAAGUAUGAAAUGACACAGGAAGGAACAAUACAUACCCUUAAGAUUUAUAAUUUGAAACCAGAGGACUCUGGCAAAUACACCUGUGACAUUGGAAACCAGAAGACCACAGCAACCAUCUCUGUUGAAGCCCUUCCACCACAGUUCAAAACGGAACUAAAGGAUGUAGGAGCCACUGAAAAUGGAACAACUACCCUACGCUGUGAGCUCACCAAGGCCGCUCCAGCGGAGUGGAUGAAGGAAGGAAAGAAACUAACGCAAAGCAACAAGUACCGAAUAAGACAGGAAGAGACAGUCACAGAGUUGGUGAUCCAUGAUUUAGACAUUCAGGAUGCUGGACGCUACACCUGUGUCUGUGGGGACCAGACAAGCACGGCUGUCUUAACAGUUAACGCCCUCAAGCCUGAAUUCAAGCAACGGCUGAAGAAUGAGAAGGCGGAAGAAGGUGGGACAGCCAGGUUCCGCUGUGAGGUAACGGUGGUGAAGGCCCCGGUGGAGUGGAAGAAAGAUGGUGCGGUGCUUCAUUCUAGUCCCAAAUAUGAAAUCAGGCAGGACGGUGCCAACCAUGAGCUGCUUAUUCACAACCUGGAGCCCAAAGACAGCGGAGAGUAUUCCUGCAUCACUGGGGAUCAAACCACAUCAGCAGCACUAACAGUGAAGGAACUAGACAUCACCAUCGUUAGGGAGCUGAAGAAUGCUGAGGUCUUUGAGGAAGAAGAUGUGACCUUUGAGUGCAAGGUCUCCCACGACAAUGCGAGGGACGUGGAGUGGAAGCUGCAGGAUGUUUCUCUGCAGAGCAACGAGAUGAACGAGAUCUCAGUUGAAAAAGGCAGGGUCCACACACUGAGACUGAGGAAGGUUACCCAGCAAGAUUCAGGCAUGAUCACCUUCCGGGUUGGACCAUACACCUCCACGGCACAGCUGAAAGUGAAAGCCCCGCUUCCCACUUUUAAAGAGGAGCUGGCCAACAAAGAGGCAGAAGAGGACAGCACAGCCAUCCUGAAAUGUGAGGUCUCCCAGCCCAAUGUCUCGGCAACAUGGAAGAAGGGCACCCAAGUGAUUUCUCCAAGCUCCAAGUAUGAAAUGACACAGGAAGGAACAAUACAUACCCUUAAGAUUUAUAAUUUGAAACCAGAGGACUCUGGCAAAUACACUUGUGACAUUGGAAACCAGAAGACCACAGCAACCAUCUCUGUUGAAGCCCUCCCGGUUCGGUUUGACAUCCAGGUUGAGAGCCAGGAAGUUGAGGAAAGCUCAACCGUCACCCUCCUGGCCAAGCUCUCUAAACCCGACGUGCCUGUGAAGUGGAGCAAAGGCUCUACCAAACUGCGACCCGGCGACAAGUACGAGAUGAGGCAGAAGGGCUCCGCCGUGGAGCUUCUCAUUCACAAUGCACAGCCUGAGGACUCUGGAGACUACAUUUGUGACUCUGGGGACCAGCAGACCACAGCAUCAUUGCUUGUGAAAGCUUUGCCAGUGAUGUUUAUUAAGCAGCUUGAGAAUCAGGAGGCACUUGAAGGUGGCACUGUCACCCUGAGCUGCGAGAUCUCUAAACACGGGGCACCUGUCCAGUGGAAAAAAGAAGGAUCCCUUCUACAGUCCGGUGGCAAGUACACAAUGAAGCAAGCAGGCACCAUGGUGGAAUUGACUGUUUCGAAGCUGAGUGCUGCUGAUGGUGGGGAAUACACCUGUGACGCAGGAGACCACAAGACUGCUGCUUCCCUGCUGGUGAAAGAAGUCCCAGCCACCAUAGUGGAGGACCUGAAAGAUAUCACCUUGUGUGAAAAUGAAGACGCAGUGUUUCAGUGCAAGGUCUCUCGGGAGGAAGCCAAGGACGUGCAAUGGAGUCUGAAUGGUGUCCCUCUCCAGUCCAAUGUAAUGAACGAGACUGAAGUUCAAGGGAAACUUCACAUUCUCACCCUGCGGAAGGUGACCCUCGAAGACUCUGGCUCUGUCACUUUCAAAGUGGGCCAGAAUUCUUCUGAGGCCCAGCUGAUGGUGCAAUCUGCGCCAGUCAUCUUCAUAAAGCAGCUGGAGGACAUGGACGUUGAUGAGAGUGGCAUGGCCACCUUCUGCUGUGACCUCUCCAAACCUGGUGUCCAUGUGGAAUGGAACAAGGGUUCGUCCACAAUCCAGCCCAGCCAGAAGUUUGAAAUUAAAGUGGAAGGAACUGCCCACACUUUGAUCAUCCAUGCUGUGGUCCCUGAAGACUCGGGAGAAUAUAGCUGUAGCGCAGCUGACAAGAAGACCGCAGCUAGACUCAAGGUUAAAGCAAUCCCUGUGCUUUUCAAACAUGGCCUCCAGAACAAAGAGGUUGAGGCAGGGAACACACUGUCGCUGCGCUGUGAGCUGUCAAAGCCCAUGGCUCCAGUGGCCUGGAGGAAAGGGAAUGUGGCGCUUCAAUCAAGUGACAAGUAUGAGCUCAGGCAAGAAGGGAACUUUGUGGAGCUCCUAAUUUACGACGCGGAAGCUCCGGAUGCUGGAGAUUACACCUGUGAUUCACGAGACCAACAGACAACCGCCACAGUGAAAGUCAAAGUUCUGCCAGUGCUCUUUAAAGAGGAAUUGCAGAAUGUAGAAUCGGAAACGGGUGGAAAGGCUGUCCUGCGUUGCGAGAUCUCCAAACCUGAUGCUCCCAUUGAGUGGCGGAAAGGAGCCGUUGUCCUGCAGCCCAGUGCCAAGUAUGAGAUGUGGCAGAGAGGCACCAGCAUUGAGCUGAUCAUUCACGAUCUGGAGCCUGAAGAUUGUGGUCCCUACACUUGCAGCACGGGAGAUGAGCUGUCCACAGGCUCCGUUUAUGUACAAGAAGAGGAAGUACAGAUAAUUGCUGGUUUAAGCAACACGGACGUCUUUGCGGGAGAAUUGGCCACUUUUACCUGUGAACUCUCACGUUCCGGCAUGCAAAAUGUACAAUGGUGGCUGGAUGGAUCGCCCCUUCAAAGCAGCCCUGUGAAUGAAAUCUCUGUGCAAGAUGGGAAAAUUUAUUCUUUGACACUAAAGGACCUGGGGCCCAAUGAUUCAGGGAUUGUGACCUUCAGAGCGGGGCCCCUCAUAUCCUCUGCUAAAUUAUUAAUCAAAGAUCCAACCAUUGAAGUGGUCAGUCCCAUGCAGGACAUUAUCAUCGACGAAGAUGGCACAGCAGAAUUCAUCUGCCAGUACUCUAGGCCUGUACAGGCCACGUGGAUGAAGAACGACCAGGGGAUUCAUGCAGAUGGCCAGCGAAUUGUAAUUGAGCAGGACUGGAAUGUGGCCAAGCUGAAAAUUAAGCCCGCUCUUCCAAGGGAUACCGGCAUCUAUUCUUGUGAAGCUGGAGGCACUAGAGUGGUGGCUAUGCUUGAUGUUCAAGCCAAGAACACUAUUGUCCAAGGGUUAGAGAAUGUGGAGGCAGUGGAAGGGGGCGAAGCUCUGUUUGAGUGCUACCUUUCCAAACCAGAGUCCUACAAUUACAACUGGCUGAUUGACGAUGAGCCAGCCAAAACCUCUGAAAACAUUGAGAUGGUUUAUUUUGAAAAUGGCCUCCGGCAUCUCCUUCUCCUAAAGAACCUCACGCCCCACGACAGCUGCAGAGUGACCUUCCAGACUAGUGAUGUGGUGACGUCUGCCUUCCUGACCGUAAAAGGAUGGCGUCUGGAAUUGUUGGAGCCAAUAACUGACACCACAGUUACCGCUGGGAACCCAGCUGUCUUCAGCUGUGUGUUAAGUGAAGCCAUACCAGUCAGUGAAGUUGCUUGGUAUGUUAAUGAUACGGAUAUCCAAGCAGAUGAAAACUGGGGAAUCGAGGCGUCAGAGAAUAGCUACAGACUCAUACUGAAGAAAGCUCAGCCUCAUCACUCUGGAGAGGUGACCUUUGCUGCAGGGGAUGCCAUUGCAUCAGCUAAGUUAUCUGUCAUAGCUCCAGAGCCUGCUGCAGUGACUGCCAUCACUCAACCUUUGGUUGACAAGUCUGUUUUGGAAGGGGAAAAGACUAGUUUAGAGUGUGAAUUAUCCAAAGAAGCUCAAGAGGUAGUUUGGCUCAAAGGAAGAGAACCAAUCCAGCCUGGAGAGAGAUAUGAAAUCAUUUCAGAAGGAAAAAAACAGACACUUGUCAUUCAUGGUUUUAAGGCUGAAGAUCAAGGAUCAUACACCUGUGUGGCCUCUCCCGAUGUCAAAACAUCUGCCAGUCUUUCUGUUGAAGGUUCAACAGUGUCCAUGUUGAAAGAGACCGCUGAGGAAACACCAAAGGCUAACGAGCUGGGCGAGAUAAUCGAUGGGCAGGUGCAGCCCAGCUUGCCCCCUGAAGCUGCUCAGGAGGGUGACCUCCACCUCCUAUGGGAAGCUCUUGCCAAAAAACGUCGGAUGAGUCGUGAACCGACUCUGGAUUCGAUCAGUGAACUGCCUGAAGAGGAUGACAAACUUCAGAAGCAGAAGAAGGAAGAGGCCGAGGUGAUCCAGUACUAUUCAGAAGAAUACUCAACCUGUGACGAAUCAGCUAAAGCAGGAGAGGCAGAUUUGUCUUUCACAAGUUCAGAUGAUGAGUCAAGAGCGGGGACCCCUUCCCUAAUCAACUACCUCAAAAAGGCUAGCUUGUCUACGGUUAGCAUCAGUGGCAAAGUCCAGACUGUCUCUGCAGAAAAAGUCUAUAAACAGGGAGAGGAAAUUGAGCCAGCUCAGCCAGAGACUGUAGAAGGAGAUCUGGGUGACCCUUCCAUGUCUCAGGCAGCUGUAAAAAUCCAGGCUGCUUUCAAAGGGUACAAAGUGAGGAAGGAGAUCAAACAGCAAGAAUGCCCAGUCUUUGCUGAGACCUUCAAGGACUUCUCUGGCGAGCUGGGAAGCACCCUCCACCUUGACUGUGUGGCUCAAAGCAAAACUGACAUGAAGGUCCGUUGGCUGAAAGAUGGUGAUGAAAUUUUGGACGGGCGCCAUUAUCAUGUAGACAAUUAUAGCGAUGGCACCUGCUCCUUGAUUAUCACUGGCCUGGAAAUGAAUGACACUGGCAAGUACACCUGUGAGGUGUCCAAUAAGUUUGGCAGAGUCUCUCACAGUGCCAAGGUGAUGGUGGGCGUCCAGCCUCACGCACCUGUACAUAAGCACAGAGCUGCCAGGAAGUUCCCUGAGAGCGAAACGGAGAGCUCUUCUGGCAGUGAGUUGGACGAUGCCUUCCGCAAAGCCGGCAGGAGGCUUCACAAACUGUUCAAGUCAAAAAUAUCCACAGGGAUUUCGGAUGUGGAUGAGGAACUUUUUGUCAGUGCUGAUGAGGGAGAGAUAACGGUGGUGGACCACCAGACCUACCGUGAAGAUGAGAGGUACAUCUAUAUCAAGUUUGAAGUUAUGUCCGAGGCAAAGACAGCCGCUAGCCGGUUUAGAGAAAUGUUUGCUGCUAUGGGUAUUGCUGUUGAGAUUGACAUCCUCGAUCAAGGCCCUAAAAAGGUAGAGCUGCGUAUUGGGAAGGCCACACCACCUGCCCCAGAGCAAUUGAGGACCUUGGCAAAACGGCCACCACCUCCUUUGCUAACAUCUGACACCGCUCCUGUCUUCAUAACUGAGCUUCAAAACCAAGAGGUGCAGGAUGGCUAUCCAGUCAGUUUUGACUGUAUUGUUGUUGGUAAGCCAACCCCCACUGUCCGGUGGUUCAAGGAUGGGAGAGUUAUUGAAGAGGACGAUCACUACAUGAUCAAUGAGGACCAGGAAGGCUGCCACCAGCUGAUCAUUACUGCUGUGGUCCCUCUCGACAUGGGGGUUUACCGUUGUCUAGCUGAAAACAGCAUGGGCGUUUCUUCAACAAAAGCUGAGCUGCGAGUGGACUUGACCAGCACAGAUUACGACACAGCAGCAGAUGCCACAGAGACUUCAUCCUACUACAGUGCCAAAGGGUAUUUCUCCAGCCGAGAACAGGAAGGAGUGGAGUCCAUGACUGAAGAGGAACAGCUGCCACAGAUUCUUGAUGACCUUCAUGAUAUCCAUGUAGCCCCCGGAGCACCUUUGGCUAAAUUCCAUCUGAAGGUGAAAGGUUACCCUGAGCCUCGCCUCUACUGGUUCAAAGAUGGCCAACCGUUGCAUGUGUCGGACCGUCUCUUAAAGACAGACAAGAAAGAGUUUCAUGCCCUUGAAGUUCUUAAUGUCUCAAAGGAGGACGCUGGUCAAUACUCUGUAUUUAUUAGGAACUCUGCUGGGUCGGCGUAUUCAGCGGCCAGAUUGCUCGUCAAAGGGCCUGGCGAAGAAGAAGAAAAACCAGGCAAAGAUGUUCACGAGCAACUGGUGCCACCAAGAUUCCUGGAAAGAUUUACCAACAAAAAAGUGAGGAAAGGCGUUAGUAUUACCCUUUCCGUGAAAGUUGAAGGAAGUCCACCACCCUCGGUGACUUGGCUGAAGGAAGAGUAUCCCGGAGAAGACAUCCUCUGGAUCAAGUCAGACAUGCCAGGUUAUAAGCUUGCCAGUUCCAACAUGCAUCAUAGUCUAAUCUUGCUUGAUGUGAAAAAGGAGUACAGCGGAAACUAUACCUGCAUUGCCUCCAAUCAGGCUGGGCAGUCUAUCUGUAGUGCCUCCCUAGAAGUUCUGGACGCGAAAGAAGCUGAGGUUCUGACCCAGGAGCGUGUGAUGGUGACGGAAGCUUUAAUGACGACAUUUGGGUAUGAAGAAGGCAAAGAGAUAAAAGAACAUGGAGUUGGGAUUUCUGUUCAUCCUCCUGAAACCCAUAAAGGGGGGCACAUGGAAGGUGAAGCUGUUCGGAGCCACAUUUCACUUGCUGAAGUUGGGACUGAGGAGUUUCUCCAGAAAUUGACAUCGCAGAUCACAGAAAUGGUGUCUGCAAAGAUAAGUCAAGCCACACUUCGAGUCCCUGGAGCUGACAGCGAUGAUGAAUCAAGAACGCCAUCUGCAUCUCCACGGCAUGGCAGGUCCAGGCCUUCAUCUACAGUACAGGAGUCUUCCUCUGAAUCUGAUGAAGGGGAUGCGAGGGGAGAGAUUUUCGACAUCUACAUGGUUACUGCUGAUUACACGCCCAUCGGUGCUGAUUGUGAAACCAUCACCCUGAAGGAAGGACAAUAUGUGGAGGUCCUGGAUUCUGCUCAUCCUUUGAAAUGGCUAGUGAGGACUAAACCCACGAAGUCCAGCCUGUCCAGGCAAGGCUGGGUUUCUCCGGCCUAUCUGGAUAAGAGGUUAAAGCUCUCUGCUGAGUGGGGCAUUCAAGAGGUUCCAGAGUUCCCUGGAGAAUCUGUUUCGGAGGAUGAAUAUAAAAAGAAGCUGAGCAUCAUUACUCAGGACCUGCUGAACUCAGAGGAGGAGUUUGUCAAGGACCUGCAGUUUCUCCAGACUCACCACAUUCAGUUCACCGAGACCUGCCCCAUCAUCCCUGCUGCUGUUUCCAGUCAGAAGCUCAUUAUCUUCAGGAACAUCACUGACAUAACCCACUUCCAUGUCAACACAUUCUUCCCAGAGCUUCAGAAAUGUGACACUGAUGACGAUGUGGCCAUGUGUUUCAUUAAGAACGAGGGGGAUUUUGACAAGUACAUCCAGUACCUUGUGGGACGGAUACAGGCUGAGUCUGUGGUUGUCAGCAAAGCUGUUCAGGAGUUCUACAAGCGAUAUACAGAGGGAACAUUAUCUAGCGAGGACCCUUCUCAGCCACCAGUCCUUCCUCUGCAGCACUAUCUAGAGAGGCCGAUAAACAGGAUCCAGAAGUAUCAAACAGUAAUCAAGGAGCUAAUCCGAAACAAAGCAAGGAAUAAUCAAAACUGUGCCCUGCUAGAGCAGGCUUAUGCUAUUGUGUCUGCACUCAACAGGCGAGCAGAAAACAACCUCCAUGUGUCUCUCAUUGAGAACUAUCCAGGAACCCUAGAAAUCCUAGGAGAGCCCAUCCGACAGGGACAGUUCAUUGUCUGGGAAGGGGCACCUGGAGCCAGAAUGGCUUGGAAGGGCCACAAGCGACAUGCCUUUCUCUUCAAGAAUUACCUCCUGAUCUGCAAGCCCAAACGAGACACCAAGACAGAUACUUACAGCUACAUCUUCAAGAACAUGAUGAAGCUACCCAACAUAGAUGUGAAUGAUCUGGUAGAAGGAGAUGACCGGGCCUUUGAGAUUUGGCAUGAGCGGGAAGACUCAGUCCGCAAAUAUCUGUUUCAAGCCAGGACUGUCAUCAUCAAGAACUCCUGGGUGAAGGAAAUCUGUGGUAUCCAGCAACGCAUCAGCCUCCCUGUGUGGGAUCCACCAGAGUUUGAGGAGGAACUGGCUGACUGUACAGCUGAACUUGGUGAAACCGUCAAAUUAGCCUGCAGAGUAACUGGAACACCGAAGCCGGGUGUCACCUGGUACAAAGAUGGUAAACCAGUGGAGGUGGAUCCCCAUCACAUCAUCAUUGCAGAUCCCGAUGGCUCCUGCACGCUGAUCCUUGACAACCUGAUGGGGGUUGAUUCGGGGCAAUACAUGUGCUUCGCUGCUAGCCCAGCUGGCAAUGCCAGUACCCUAGGAAAGAUCCUUGUUCAAGUUCCUCCCCGCUUUGUGAACAAGGUUAAGUACGCAUAUUACGCUGAUGGUGAAGAUGCACAGUUUACGUGCACCAUUGAAGGAACACCUUAUCCACAGAUCAGGUGGUAUAAAGAUGGAGAUCUACUGACAGACCCAAAUAAACACCAAAGUUUUAGUGAACCACGGAGUGGCAUUAUAGUGCUUGUGAUCAAAAAUGCCUGUAAAGAUGACAUGGGAUUUUAUGAAUGUGAGCUGGUAAACAGAUUAGGGACAGCAAAGAGUGGUGCUCAGCUUUACCACCAGAGCGCAGCAGCAUUGGCUCAAGAGAGGAGACCGGACCAAGCCAUUACAAUUGAAGCUGAACAACAGGAAACUAUUGGCAAAAUUCCAGAGAGAAGUAAAAUAUUGCCCAGUCCAAGCAUCGCUCAAAAAGACACAAUUCUUGAAGAUGAUGGGAUUCAUGAACACACCGUUCCCAUUACAAGAACCCCUCAGGUCAUGCCUGGAGCAGAGCGGCUCAGGACUGAUGGGGCAGAGGGCAUCUCAGAUGUUCAGAUGCAAGUUUAUGUUCAGACCAUGGAGGGAACCUGUGUCUAUAAAACGGUGGAGAAGAGUGCAAUAAGCCCACCAUACAUGCAGGUGACAAUUGAGGAUGUGCAGGUCCGGGGUGGGGAGAUGGCAAAGUUUCAUGCCGUUAUUGAAGGAGAUCCUCAGCCAACCGUUGCAUGGUUUAAGGGUAUUUCCUUGUUGAUAGAUAGUGAAAGAGUCCAUCAGUUCAAUGAAGAGACAAGAUAUUCUUUGGUUUUGUACAACACUCGACCUGAAGAUGGUGGUGUCUAUACUUGCAUUGCUAAAAACACAGGAGGGGAGGUCUUAUGCAAAGCUGAACUCAUGGUCCAAGAAGAUAAGAAAAGCCAAGGGGCAAAGAAACAGAGCAAGAGAAGAAAACUCCAUUCUUUCUAUGAGGUUAAGCAAGAAAUAGGAAGGGGUUCCUUUGGAAUUCUCAAGAGAGUUGUCCACAAAGGCAAUCGAGUUUCUUUUGCAGCCAAAUUUAUACCCCUGCGAAGGAAAACAAGGGAUCAGGCCUAUCAGGAGAAGGAUAUUCUAGCCAACCUGUCUCAUAAUAGGAUCACUCAGUUGCUGGACGAAUUUGAAACACGGAAAACCUUGAUUCUGAUUUUGGAGCUAUGCUCCAAUGAAGAGCUCCUGGAAAGGUUGUUCAAGAAAAAUGUGGUGACUGAAGCAGAGGUCAAGCUGUACAUCAGACAACUUCUAGAAGGGAUUGAAUACUUGCAUAGGAGCAAAGUGCUUCACUUGGAUAUUAAGCCUGCAAACAUCUUGAUGGUUUAUGAUGACAAGGAUGAAAUUAAGAUCUGUGAUUUUGGCUUUGCUCAAUAUAUGAAUCCAUCAAGGCCUCAGUACAGCGAAUAUGGGACACCUGAAUUUGUUUCACCUGAAAUUCUCUCCCAAUCACCAGUCUCAACAGCAUCAGAUAUCUGGCCUGUUGGAGUCAUUUGCUAUUUAAGCCUGACGUGCAAAUCACCAUUUGCUGGGGAAAAUGACAGAGCAACCCUACUAAAUAUUCAGAAUGCAACAGUUUCGUGGGAUAUUCCUGAAUUUGUUCAUCUGAGCAUAAAAGCACAGGAUUUUAUCAGAAAGAUACUGCAGUCGUCUCCACAGGCAAGGCCUAAGGCUCUGGAGUGUCUUUCCCACGCAUGGUUCAUGCAUAACAUCCCACUUGGAGAAGCUCAUUUUAUAGAGACAAAGCAGCUCAAAUUUUUUGUCUCUCGAAGCAAAUGGCAGCGUUCUCUUAUGAGCUAUAAAUCUGUGCUGGUAAUGAGACCUAUCCCAGAAAUCCUGGAGAAAACUCAUAAAACCACAUCUCUUGGCAUCUCCCGACACCUGGUGGAAGAGAGCAGCUCAUCUGGCACCAGUGGGUCAUCUUCAGACAAUGAGAUUUCAGCCUCUCCAGGGAGAAGGCACUUUGGCCCUAUACCAGAACCUCACUUGUCUGUGCCUGAGGGAUCAAAUUACCCAGAACACCAGGAAUCCAUAACCGAGGUUAAACACUCUGAAUCCCUGCUGCCACCAAUCAAGCCUGCAAGACAUAAAAAGGCUUCAGUGAAGAGGCAGCAGGGUGAUCAGUCGCCACAAGAAAGUGAAGAACUAAUGCUCUUGGGACCAGAGGCAGGUGGGACAGAAAUGUUUCACUCAGCUUCUUUACAGGAUAAAGCUGGUUUAUUGGUAUCUGAAGAAGGCAAAACUGAGAGCACUGAAGCAGGAAGAUCCCCUGGAUGCGUCCCCAGGCACAGUGUCGUAAAAAGUACUUUCUACAGUCAGCCGUCUGAGAGUCUUGCAAAUGUGCCUUCGUCACCCGGCAAAGAGCACAGGAAACAUUUAGCAAGAGCAAAGAGAACCUACAGGAAAGCAGGGUUUUCGAAAUCAGCUUUAAGUGGCCUGCGCGAACCCCUUCUCGAACAGUUUGAACUUGGGGAGGGAGGAUUGUCUAGGGAUGAAGAAGCCGAAAGGGGCAGAGAAGAGGUUUUUGGCCCUCUGAUGACCAAAUCGGCUUCUUUUGAUACUGCACAGAAAUCACCACGAGUUACUUUCCCAGUUUCCAGCAGAAGCCGUUCGCUGGAUGAUUACAGGAUGAGAGCUGCAGGCUUUGCUGAGGAACAAUCCAUUGAGGAAGAAGAGAGUGACUUGAUUUCCCAGGGCAGUCCUGUCGAGGUCGCUCGCCAGAGUCGCGUUUCUGAGGCUGGCAGCGAAGAAGGCUCUGGGAAGGCUUCUAAAGAGGAAGACUCAAAGGAAACCAGACAAGAAGCUUCCGAGGAUCAGCCAGACUCCUUUGCACAACUUGGUAACGGGCAAAGUUCAUUUCUGGUUGCUCAGCAGCAAGAGAAGGCCCUCAUUUCAGUGCCGCAAUCUGAAAAAGAACGUUUGCUUCAGAAAUCAAAGCAACCUCUUUCUGCAAAGAUGGGGACGCCUGUUCCUGGAAGUGAACAUCUGAUUCACACUGAGAAGCAAUUGGAUUUAGCUUCAGUGUUAGCCCAAAAGGGUGAAGGUGAGGAAGGGCAAUUGCAUCAGUCAGCCAAAGCUCCUGUUCCUGGGGACACGACAGCACUCAUUUUUCCAAAGGGAGAGAGCUCAGAUUUGACACUCGCUCAGUCAGAGACAGUCCUGCCAAUCUCCCAAGACAGUGAGAGGGGAAAAGAUCUCCCUCAUGAGAUAAAGCUGACUUCUGUCCCGAGCAAAGAAAGACCUAUUGCUCCUCAGGGUGAAAGCCUCGUCCUUUUAAAGCCAGCCCCUGCUGAAGGAGCAUUUAAAAGUGGGGGCCAGUUGCCUCUCAUGCCUCCUGGUCAGGGUCAGAUACAACAUGCUGUUAUGGCAAAGGGCAAGAGCGCGGAGGCCCCACAGAUUGUGCCAGUGGUUGAAAGCUCCUUGGUUUUGCACCGGAAGCCUUCAGAAAUGACACCAGUUGUCCCAGAGAGUAAAAGUUCAACUAUCCCUGUCCCACAGGCAGACAUGUCUGCUGUAUCAAUACCUGGAGGGAAAGACGUACAACUUCUACCACAGAAACCUUCAGCACCCAGUUUGACAAAAGCACCUGCGUUAGAGGGAGAAAGCCCAGUUUGUUUAACUGUUUCUCCAGCAAAAGCUGUCCCAGUUUCAGUCGCUAACAGAGAAUGUGAAGGCCUUGUCCGUUUAGAGGCUACGCCUGUUCCUGAAUGUGUGAGAGAAAGGCAGCAGAUCUCACCACAGAAGCCUUCUGAUUAUAGUGAGGUGCUUUCUGGCGCUCUGAGAAGUGCUGGUUCUGUCAUUCAAACUCUUUCCCAAGCAGAAGCUCCUGUCAGUUUAGAGGCUACGCCUGUUCCUGUAUCUGUGAGGGAAAGCCAGCUGGUCUCACCACAGAAACCUUCUGAUUAUAGUGAGGUGCUUUCUAGUGCCCUGAGAGGUGCAGGUUCAGACAUUCAAACUCUUUCCCAAGUAGAAGGUCCUCUCAGUUUAGAGUCUACGCCUGUUCCUGCAUCUGUGAGGGAAAGCCAGCAGAUCUCACAACAGAAGCCUUCUGAUUAUAGUGAGGUGCUUUCUAGUGCCCUGAGAGGUGCAGGUUCAGACAUUCAAACUCUUUCCCAAGUAGAAGGUCCUCUCAGUUUAGAGGCUACGCCUGUUCCUGCAUCUGUGAGGGAAAGCCAGCAGAUCUCACAACAGAAGCCUUCUGAUUAUAGUGAGGUGCUUUCUAGUGCCCUGAGAGGUGCCGGUUCAGACAUUCAAACUCUUUCCCAAGUAGAAGGUCCUCUCAGUUUAGAGGCUACGCCUGUUCCUGCAUCUGUGAGGGAAAGCCAGCAGAUCUCACAACAGAAGCCUUCUGAUUAUAGUGAGGUGCUUUCUGGCGCUCUGAGAAGUGCUGGUUCGGUCAUUCAAACUCUUUCCCAAGCAGAAGCUCCUGUCAGUUUAGAGGCUACGCCUGUUCCUGUAUCUGUGAGGGAAAGCCAGCUGGUCUCACCACAGAAACCUUCUGAUUAUAGUGAGGUGCUUUCUAGUGCCCUGAGAGGUGCAGGUUCAGACAUUCAAACUCUUUCCCAAGUAGAAGGUCCUCUCAGUUUAGAGGCUACGCCUGUUCCUGCAUCUGUGAGGGAAAGCCAGCAGAUCUCACAACAGAAGCCUUCUGAUUAUAUUGAGGUGCUUUCUAGUGCCCUGAGAGGUGCAGGUUCGGUCAUUCAAACUCUUUCCCAAGCAGAAACCACCCCCAUAUCAAUCUCUCAUAGAGAAAGCCCAAAGGGCUUGCCUCCUCCCAAGUCCCCCAUUCACAGCAAAGCAGUGUUGACCCUUGGUGAGGUGAGAGACCCUUCUGAACAACCAGAAGCUGUCCAAACAUUGAUCCAUGAGGGGGAACACCAUAAAGAUCUACAGCAGAAAUUUUUCACCCCAGGAGAGAGGAAACGUGAUGGCCUUCAAAGAGAGAGACAACCAAUCUUAAGUCUCUCAAAAGCAGACCCAGUUUCUUCAGGUGAAAGUCAGGAACAGACUCACGAGAAAUCUUUGGGUUGCAGUGAGCUGAUUUCUGCCAUCCCAAAGGGCAAAAGUCCACAAGUCUUAAUGCCUUCACAAGCCAAAACUAUUCCAAUUUCUCCUUUUGAAGCUGAAAAACAGGAACUCCUUCAUCAUGUUCAAACUACUGUUCGUGAAGUCAAGUCAGUUAUCCUGAAGGGCCAAGAAAGGCCAUCUGUUUCAGGCUUUUCCCAAGCUAAAAUUGUGCCAUUCUCAGCCUCUGGGGGAGAAAUCCCAGUUGCUCUGAAGAAAACCUCCUUUCCCAUUGGUGAAGGAAGAAGCAGGGAACGUUUUCUUCAGAAACCUUCUGGUUACAGUGACAUGGAGGCUGAAGCUCUGGAGAGCCUAGUUGAUGAGAUGGUUUGCCUGUCAAAAGAGAUGACUGUUUUGGCAGAGUCAGUUUCUGAUCAAGAGCGAUCCAAGAGACUUGUCUCUCCACCAAGGGAAACGUCUUACCAAGGCUCACCUGGGCAAGGAGCAAGACCAGUAACCCGGUAUCUUGUUCGCAGAGGAAAAAGAGAAGGGGGCGUUGGCCUAGCAGAUCCCUCAGAAGCAGAUAUUAUAUAUCCUGGAGAAGAAGACUGUUUCAGUGCACUACCUUUCAUGGGUAAGAAAGCCAGGAUGUCUCCCCCUUAUGAAGGCAUGGAUUAUACAGGUGCGGGAAUGCCUGUGGCAUCUCAGUUUGCUAGCUCUGCUUUUGGGGACAGACCCUCGUAUUACCCUGGCAGCCUCAGAAGUGGCCGAAUGUAUGAAAUCAGCUUAGUGCAGAUUCAGGACCUUUCAGAGGACAUGCCUCGCCCUGACAGCAAGACAGCAAAAUUCGACAUCUCUGAGAUAGAGCCUGCCUUCCUCAACCUGUGUGAACUGUAUGACAUUGCGUAUUCCCCAUUCGAGUUCCUUAGCUUCAGAAAAGCCCCCGAGAACCUACCCGGCAAAAGACGCUUGCCUUUGGGUGAAAAGGCAAAGUUGCUACCUGGAUUGAAAUUUCAUGCACAUCGGGAUAAAAAAGUGUGUAUCAGGGAAGGAGACUUGCAACGUGAGGCUGUACAGGAAGCUCCGAAAGGUGAAGAGAAAGCUCCAGCCAAGUUGGAAGACUCUAAAGCACCCUGGAUGGGGAAGAGGUCCGAUUCGGAAGGUGAUAUUCCGGUUGGGUCUCAGCAAAUCUAUGGUCUCCCGGCAGAUGCAACUGAGCAGCGCAGGAGCUCUUUGCAAGGCAGAGUGGGGCUCUUCAAGCCUUUUGCCGCCCGGUCUCAGUCCAUGGAGCUGAUGGAGCAAAGUCUAAAGAAGAAGAUGAAAGCAUCAGUCACCCACCUGUCAAGAAUGUUGAGAAGAAAGUCAUCCUCUGACCAGGAAAGCAGGGAAGUCUCAGAGGAGCGGAAGGGUGAGCUACAAGAGCGGGUAUCCUUGACGGAGGCGUCUGGAGGUUUGAAGAAGAAAACAGGGUUCCCUUCAUUCACCCUCCCAAGCCUCAAAACAAAGGAGAAAGCACCUUCUUUUGUAGAAGAUCUCACUGACCAGACAAUUGUCUUGGGGCAGUCGCUGACUCUGUCCUGCCGGACAUCUGCCCAUUCAUCAUCUCUUGUUGAAUGGUUCAAAGAUGGAGCAGCCAUUCAUAGCACGGAUAGGAUCCUGAUCUCAUCUACGCUCAAACGCUUCCAGCUUUUAACAAUAUUGGCAGCCACCUCUGAUGAUUUUGGCAAUUACACAUGUGUAGCCACCAACUCUCAGGGCACAGUUUCCACCUCUUGUGUAAUAAGGAAAGCAGAGACACCUUCCAAUCCACCAUCGCCUGCUAUCAUUGAGGUCCUUGAAGAUGGAGUAGAGCUGGCCUGGAAGCCAGUGGAGAUGAACACUCCUGUGACUUACUCUGUACUUUGCAAAAAGGAUGAUGGCGGAUGGAAGACUCUGGCCAGUGGCAUCUCGGACUGCUGCUACACCGCCAAGCAUCUCCCUCAGGGUCUGGUGUAUUCUUUCAGGUUUGCCUGUGUCAGUAAGAGCGGUGUCGGCCCGUACAGCAACCCAACUGCCAAAGUGAAAAUUGGCGAAACCGACGCAGCAGCAUUCCAGUCUCUGGACUCAGAGGAGGACAGCCAAAUGGCAGCUUCUGCUCAGCCAUCCCACCAAACGUAUGCCUUCCAGACGGAAAUAAAAAGAGGACGCUUCAGCAUCAUCAAGCAGUGCAGAGAGAAGCUCAGCGGGAAUGCUUUGGCGGCCAAGAUAAUCCCCUACAGGGAAGAAGACAAGGAAGCUGUGCUCCAAGAGUACCACAUCCUGCGGAAGCUUCACCACACCAACGUUGGGCAGCUGCAGGGGGCCUAUGUGAGCCCACGCCACCUGGUGCUGAUCACGGAACUUUGUGUGGGGCCUGAGCUACUGAAUGCUUUGGCUGGGAGAUCAUCCUAUUCAGAGAUGGAGGUCAGGGACUAUCUGUGGCAGAUUCUCAGUGCUGUUGAAUACCUCCAUGCUCAGAACAUUCUGCACUUGGACCUGAGAUCUGAAAAUAUGAUUAUCAUUGAACCAAACCUGCUUAAACUCCUAGACUUUGGCAAUGCGCAAUUCUAUGAACCUGACAGAGUCAUUACCCUGGAUGGGUGCACAGACUAUGUGGAAACUAUGGCUUCAGAACUCCUGUCUGAUAAAGGAGCUGUCCCACAGACUGACAUCUGGGCCAUUGGCGUAACAGCUUUCAUCAUGCUGAGUGCGGAAUACCCCGUUAGCUCUCAGGCCGCCUGGGACUUUGGGAGGCUUGUCAAACGAGAGAAAAUCAAAUUCAACAAAUGCUAUGCGGGCCUCUCGGGAGGAGCCGUCUCAUUCCUACAAAGCACCCUGUCCUCUAAUCCAUGGAGGCGGCCAACAGCAUCUGAAUGCCUUCAGUCUCCAUGGCUGCAGGAGACUGGCCUGGAUGAGAGGCAACAAGCCACAGUCACUUUCUCCACCGCCAAACUGAGGAAUUUUCUAGCUGAGCGGGAAAGAAAGAGGGCCCUGCUCUGCUCAAAGUAUGGCCUGAUGACUGUGUAGCGAAAUAACAUUCAAACUGCAUCACUCUCAGACUACUCCAUAAUCCUGCUCAACACACAUAAGAAUGUUUUAUUAUAAUGUCUGGCUUCUGGCUUGAAAAGGGAUGGCCACCUUCUUCAGGAUGAGACACAAGGUGGUGUGAGUCAAAGGGCUGUCACUCAUUUGCUUAUUCAUAUGUGCACAACAAUAAUAAUCUGUGUAUUUUCAUGUAAGUUUGGGGCUGGUGGACACCAAGUCACAGUUCAUGGACGUCUCUAUCCUACAAUAUUGUUUUUCUGAAGUUGUCAUUAUGGAGUGGAACUAUUAUGGUGAACUAAUGGCAGGAGGCAACCAUCAUCGAUUUAACUAUAGGCAGGCCAGCUUAGCAAAACCUUAUGGGGAAUUUCCUGUCUCUCCAGAGCAGUUAAACGAUAUAAUCAACUGCUAAGGGAGCUUAUAGAAUCUCCUUCCUUGGCGGUUGUUUUGAAGAAGGAAAUAGUAGGCAACAUUGGAUGCUUUAAGACUGGAUCCAGCCUUAAGUCAGAAGAUUGUGUUGCCAUGACUGCUGCUUCAAGUCUCUUAUUCCAAUCUGAAAAUGUGAAUAAGCCCUUGAAAAAUGUUUAUAUGCACAGACUUCAAAAUCAUUCACUGAAAUAGUUGAAUGUGGGCUUAUUUCUAAGACUCCUUGUUUUUGCAGUCAAUGUUUUCCAAAUGUAUCUCAUGGGUUCCUAGGAAUGCAAUUUUAUAGACUCUCUGAGCUAAGCAGAACACCAUCGUUCAGCAGCAACAAAGAGGUGCUGCGACAACAUACACUUGUCAACAGUAGUAUGCUAAAUAUCAGCAAGCUUUGAUCCCACAGAACUGUACAAUGUAACAGAAUGCCUCCUUUUUUAAGCUGACUCAAAGGCACCUUUUAUGCUCUUGCCUGACAAAAUGUAUGCUAGCCAAAAGGAAUAAUGGAGCCUGUUACAGAACAUGGUAAUUAUUUGCUAUAAGUACAUGAUAAUCUGCUCUUUUAAUGUAUUCUUCUCUAGGGAUGCUUAAGGGCAUCACUUAGCCAACAGAAGUACUUUCAGCACCUUAUGGGCUAUUUGCUAUUUGAUGUUCCAAUCAGUUAGAGGAUGCUAGAGGGUCAAAAACAUCAUUUAAAUGCAUCGUGUUCACAUGUAAAGAGAUUUGUCCAUGUAGAAUAAUCUUUCAUAGUCUAUCUGUGGAUGUAUGUAAGGACAUCUGCUUUAGCACAAGUAGUGGGGAGCAUGCAGUCUUGUAGGCCAGGAUGACUUUGUAGCCAAAACAUGAGUCUUGCUAAUCCGAUGAAGUUAUAUCUUAUUAGGUACAACUGUAAUCUUAAUUGCCAUCAUUUCCUUUUUGCUAUGUCACCAAACUUGAUGUGGUACUUCUGGAACCACCAAAUUUUUGUGACGUGUUCAAAGCCUGUUGGUUUCAACUAGCUCGAUUGGCAAUCUGUAUGCCUUACAAUAUUGGAAGAGGCCAAACUGCCUAUACAGUUCAAGAGGCCAAACUGCCUAUUCUGUAUGUUCUCCAACAGUUAUCGUGGGUUACUGUUUGGCAUUUCAUGGUGUGCACAUUUCUUUUAAACAAGCCAUGCAUGUAUCCAACUUCUGUUGUACCAACAUCUCUUGCACAAUCUUUUUUUCCUUUUCUUUUAACUUGCAUUGAAAAACACAGAGAACAACUAAAACAGCCUACAUAGUUUUGAUAAUGGGGAGCGGGAUGGGGAAAUUGCUUUCUUAUAUAUUCUGGCAUUCUAAGGUCAUAAAAGUGCUGUAGGGUCAUAGUCGUAAAUUGAUAAGAACUGGCAGAGAUCCAUAGACUUGGGUGAAAGAACUAGGCUUUAUGAUAAUGCUUAAAUAUUGUUGAGAAUGGAAGUAUAGUUUACAAAGGUUCUUUAUCUUGAGCAAACUGAUUUGCAUCAAUAUUUUUAGAGAAUGUUUAAUCAGGCUGACCAGAAUACACUGUUGUAAGCCAUAGUGCAGAGUCUGAAGGUUGAGGGUAAAUGAAGAAGCCUUGUUCUGCUGUCAGAAGUUUCCUUCUGUACUAUGCAUACAUGCAAGGUAACAUAUAGCUCACAAGUAAGAAAGGACCUUGUAUAAAUCACUUGGGCUUAUGAAUUGGCUAUGUUUUUGAUGUUGUCACAGUUAUAAGUGGUUUGGAGUUUAGAUGAUGUGCGGAGGGAAACCACCAUUUGAGGAGGAAAAUAUUUUAAUGUAGGAUUUUUUUUAUUGUUACUCUGUCAGCAUCUGAACUCACAGCAUCUUUUCUUUUGUAUAUGAUGUGAAUGAAGUGACUUUGUUUUUCCUCCUACAUGCAUGUAUUUUCACCGCAACUAAAGAUAUUUAUGAAUAUUAAGCUGUUUUGUUAAAUA